GAGAGUUACACGAGUUCUCUGAUGAUUCAUGGUCGAACUGGGACAAUAUGAAUCAGGCGCCUAUUCCCUGUGUGUACUUGGCUUGUCGGUUCGGCUAUUGCGGUUCUGGAUAAUAAUAAAGGUUGAGAUUGCCCAACAUGACGUAGACGAUGACUAUACAUGUACAUGUCCUGGUAGCUUGGGACCUUAUCGACGCCCACACGCUAUCUUUCGAAGACGCAAUGUUCUUGCACUAUCCCUCGUCCUUCUCAACAGUGGAGACCAUCGGUCUGGCUGAGCACUUCCUCCGUUACAGCCGUGAGAAAUACCGCGUUCAACAGAAGAGACUAAUCGCUCGCAGUUCUGGCUCUUCACGUCCAUCUAUGGUGUCGAUAUACAAUGACAAUGACCAAGCACUCCCAGAGGGCAAUUCCAAUCGCCCAGCAACAAGGGAUUUCCGUUUUGCCUGACGCGAGCUUCCCCACUCCGGAGUGACUUCGUCAUUCCCGUCAACAUGCAGCCGGGAGCGCCGGAGCCUGUGACCAUUCCGCUUCCGUCACCAUCAGCUUGCGGAAGAAAUGUUCUCGGACUGAAACUCCGUUUGUAUGCGGGGAUUCUGGGGACGGCUAGCGGAAUUCGUUAUCAUUGAUCGAUAUUCGAUACAU